GUGUGUGUACCUCUGUCUCCCACUCGCCACUUUCUGUCUUCCUCUCUAUCCUCUCUGUCCUCUGCUUUGUCUAUCUCUGUCUUUGACACUUUUUUCCUCUUUCUAUUUGGCUUUAAAUAAUCUCCAAGAAAGAUUUUCUUCCAACAUCCUCAGCUGAUUGGCCUGUCAAAGGCCACCAGGAAGCUUAGUCUUCUUAUUUUUCUUAUCAUCUGAGUAUUUGAAUUUUUUUCUAGGAGGCUUUAGAAUCACUUUUUCAUCAGGGGGAAAUAAAGAUGCCUCGCUCCUUUUUGGUAAAACUGCCGAAGGUUCACGAUUUCUCAUCUUCCAAUUACUACCACAACCACCACCAUCAGCAGCAGCAACAGCACUGGGAUGACUCUUACACUGUGACACAUGCCAUCACUGAGUCGGCCACCAACUUGGCAGUCCGUCUGAGUGAAAACAGCUACAUACAUGAUUACAUCAUCCCCUCAGUGUUUCAGCGAACGAAGGAGUCCAGUCAUGAGCAGACUGGGCUCUCCUCAGGGCCCCUGUACUCUCCAGGGGGCAGCAGUGGGGAAGAGUUCUCUGACCACGACAUGGAGGAUCCGGACAGCCCCAUUUCUAAUGUCACAGUCGAGUCAGACAUCAGCAGCCCUGAAGUUGAGGCAUGCACCAUCAAUGGCUUCCUCAUCUCUGAUAGUUGCUCACGCCGAAGGCCCAACCAGAGGUGUCCUCGCAUUGGAGGGAGCCGUUUGGACAGCAAUGAGGGAAGUGGCUCAGCAGAUUGCAGCCCCAUCAAAGGGAAAUCUAAAGGACGACAUGUGUGCAGCGAGUGUGGCAAGUCUUACGCUACAUCCUCCAAUCUGAGUAGGCACAAGCAGACUCACCGAAGUCUGGACAGCCAGCAGGCCAGAAAAUGUCCUACCUGUCACAAGGUGUAUGUGUCCAUGCCGGCCCUGGCCAUGCACAUGCUGACCCAUGACCUGAAGCACGAGUGCAAGGUGUGCGGUAAAGCUUUCAGCCGUCCCUGGCUCUUGCAGGGCCACAUGAGGUCUCACACUGGGGAGAAACCCUUCGCCUGCGCUCACUGUGGCAAAGCCUUUGCCGACCGCUCCAACCUGCGUGCCCACAUGCAGACACACUCAGCUUUCAAACACUACUCCUGCAAACGCUGCCACAAAAGCUUCGCACUCAAAUCCUACCUGAACAAGCACUACGAGUCGGCCUGCUUCAAAGGGCAGUCGACAGAGGAUGACUGCAGCUCUGAGGACUGAAAGGAUAAUAUUAAUCCUUUUUAUCCUUUAUUCUUUUUUUUUUUAAGUUCAUACAUUGAAGUCAGAGGAAAGCUUGUGACUUCUCAGGCUUCUCAAAUGCAUUUAUCAUAAUCCAGCCUUUUGAUAUAAGCAAUAACCUCACUUUAAAUUCUUCAGGAAUCAUGUAGAGAAAUUCGUAAAAAAUCUCAGUGUUGAUUGCAAAUGUAAAAUAUUUUAUAUUCUUUUUUAUAAAUUCCAAUAAUUUACACGUCAGUAUUAUUUGAUAUGCCACCUAGCUCUUAAUUUACCUCAGCUAGUUUUGUUAUUUACAUGAUGUAUUUGCAUAUUUAUUAACUUAUUUAACUAUUUAUUUUCCAAUUUGAAGAUUAUUUAUUUUUGGGUUAAUGUAUUUGUGAAUUUAAUAUGGAUAUUUAAGAAGCCAAGCAUCGGAUUUGUUGAGAACAAACGCCAAAAUAU